UUUGUGCAUAAAUAAAAAGAAAUAUAUAUUUACAAAAAUUUUACGAUUUAAUUACGCAGAAAAAGCUCGCAAUGAGUUUCACAGUCCGUUAUCGUGAAAGUUGCGAAGGAAAACUUUCCAAAAGUUCGAGAAACAAAAUCGAAUUAUACACACUCGAUGAGAUCGUGCAAACAAUGCAGAUUGUCGUGCACACAACGAUUCACACAGCGGCGCAAUGGGUUUUGAGCGACGUGCGUGGCGAGUUCUUCUAUCCCGAUCCCAAAAUUACGACAACAACCACUAGCGUCUACCCCGAUUUCCUCAAUUUCGAUGCAAUGUAUAAGGAGAAGUAUAUAAAUUGGAUAAAUAUACAAGAUUUCUCGGUGAACGAAAUAUUUUCACAAGUACGUGAUUAUAUACAUUUGUGGAAUUUAUCGGAAUGUACGAAAUUCUCGCUCGCCACCAAUGACCGGGCGAAUGUAAUACCGAAUAAGGGUGCGAAAUAUUUCAUUGAUGCAACAUUUUCGAAACCCACACCCGCUUGCCCGAACCCCUUGGCAGUGGCGAAAGUCUUCUUUACAGCCAUCGUACCGAGUCACCUACCAAAACACUAUCCCAUUAUGGUAACAUAUCGGUUUGAGGGCUUUCGUACGCAAUACCAUGUACAUGGCAGGCAUGAGGUGCGUAGUAAGGAUUUUCAAAGAUUUUUCAUCGAUUCGAUAUUGCAAAGGAAAUUGGUUUUCUACUCAAGAAUAUUCGAAUGUCGUCAUCCAGACAUUAAAUUAAAAAGAGAAUCCGUAUAUGAAGGUCAAGCGGAGUCGGAGGAAUUGCCCAAAAGCGAUGAGAAUGGUGCUGCUGAUGAUGAGAAUUUUGAUGUUGAAAAUAUGCGGGAUAAGGAUAUGGAUUUUAUGAGCCUAAUUGGCGCGAUUUUGAAGAAAUAAAUGAUGAGUUGUGCGAAAUAAAAGAGGUGUUAAGCGGAGGCUUGGAUCUACGGUUUUA